GUCAUGUAGUUUGGUCCAUCAUUUUGUUCCUCGAACGAGAGAGCGUCUGCACUUAAAUUUUCUCCCGUUAAUUUGAGCUGAAAAAGCAUUCGUUUUGCUGGUUCUCGGCUUCCUCGUCCGCCGACAUGGGACGGGUCGAAUAACAGGCGCCCCCAUCCCCUUCCCCCACAACCCCACAACCCCACACAGACAGAGGAGAGAGAGAGAGAGAGAGGAGAGAAGAGAGAGAAAGAGAGAUGUCUCUGGUGGACUACGACGCUUCUUCAGACGAAGACGCUUCGGACGUUGAAGACAAGGAGGCGCAAGAAGGAGCGGAGGGAACGGGGCAGGACCCAGAAGCCCCGAAGCCCUGGCCUACUCAAUCCGAGCCUCCUCCUCCGCCUCAGACCCGGGGAACAUCAUGUGCAUCAGAUCAUCAGCUAGAAUCCACUGCAGGUUUACCAGCGCCCCCAAUUGAGAAACUUCCUGAUGCUUCCCUCUUGUUGGAUGCUCCAGCUGGAUUGGCUUCUCCGUUGAGUGGUGGUGACCAUGCUUCUAGAGUUGCAGCAGCAAGGGCUGAAAGUGCUCUGCGAAAGAGAGAAUCUCAUUCGCUAUCUUCAUCUGUUCCCCGCAGCAAAGUGCCAAGGGGGACAUUGCCCCAUUUGAAGAAUGUUCCAGAUACUGUUGAGGGACGACUGGUUCCUCCUCAGCUUAGUGGAAGGAGCAAUGUUGUGACUGAAGAUAUUAGCAAGUUAUUUGUAAAGGGUCAUGCUGAGAAAUCAUCUCAUUAGGGAACUUACAAACAGGUCGUAGUUUCUUCUCCGUAACCUUAUCAGACCUCUCUUAUUAAAGCCGUGAACAUGUUUACUUUCUGGAGGGUCUGGCAUGUACAGAAUGGCGAGCAAUGUUGUAUAAGAAUGACCAGAUAAAGAUUCAUAAACCCGACAGGAUGAUAUCAUGGAUUGCGUCAAAACGGAAAUUUUGUAUGUGGUGGAGUAUGGAUGUUGCGGGAAACUAUUUGACUGAACCUUUCUGUUGGUUUAAUGGUGCACAUGUAAGGGAUGGUCCAUUUAUUUACUUUGGUAUGAUAGCGGCUUCGAUAAGCUGAAUCUACCUUGUUGAUGGAGAAUAAAUGUGUUGCUGAAGUCAAAUGAUUUGGGGGGUCAAUUAUUGCUGCGAUUGGCUGUAUCUCCUAAAAGUAAAUUUGCAUCAUCUCUUCUCA